GCUGCAGAGAGAGAGAGAGAGCGAGCGAGCGAGAGGGACAUUCCAUUCACACACGUAUCGGUGGUGUAACGGGCGUAUUGUCUGUAUAAAAGGGAAUCGAGCCAACUAGCAACAGGUAUAUAGAAGUUUUACGGUUACGGCUUAAUGUCUUAAUGAUAACGUCAUACCUGCGAACGAGGAUUGUGUUUAUAACUACUGGUGGACUGCACAUGUUCAUGUUUUUGCUUACAAAGCGGUUGUUUGAACGAUCGCACUGUUCAUUGAAUGUGUAUCACGCUUUCAGUAUUUCGACUCUUGGAGCUUGUGAUUGAUUUCCCAGCGCUGGAACAAAAGUCAUUUUUUUGGACCAGUGACAAAACGGUCAAAGGUCACUUGAAAUGGAGCCUAAUAUUGUCCACUCGCGGGCUACGCCUUAGGUCAAAGGUUAUGUGAUGAUGAAUGGCGUUCCUUUUGUAACAAACAUGCAUGAUAAGCCCCGGAGUCACUCUCUAUGUUUAUUGCACGUGUUGCGAGCGGCCGUGUACAAGUUACACGAGAGCACAGCUCUAUAGCAUAACAUCCUGGAUGGAGACUUACAGAAAUGUUCAAAGGCGAAAAAAACCUGUGAGACCAAAUAUCUUGUGUAAGUAUAUAACCAUGUAUUUUUAGCCCAAACAGUGAAAUGGAACUUACUGUGUGUUUCAUAAUCGGAUAUAUUUCAAAUUAUCAGUGGAAUAUUUGUGAAGUGUACAGUCAGUAUCACAGAGAUUCACUUACGCAAAGAUUGCCUAGUUUAUAGAAUGGAUUACGCACCACAUAAGCUAUCCUAGGUUGAGUAGUACCUACAGGCGGACAGGGGAGGGGUACACCUAUAGAAAGGCCGGGUGUACCUCACUGGCCGGCUGGUCUGUCCUGACGGGGAGGCUGAUACGUGCAGAGGGGAGAGUAAUUGUUUAUAUGUGAUAAGUAGCUUGCCUGUGUCAAAAGUGGAUUGCCUGUGAGCGUAGUGUGUAGCAAUUUGUUACAUUCUUGUCACUGUACGUGACCGUUACCAUCGACCCCACCGCGGGGAUGGAUGCAGCGCCGUAUGAUAACGUUGAAUUCCCUAUCCGGAGGCAACUUGGGACUCCCGCCACGUGGCCAGGGUCCGAUCAUGUCAUCAUGUCUAUUAAAUCCCCAACUCCGAAGACACCUAAACCCAAAACGGAGUCGAAACUGUCACCCGUCCUGGAGGUGGAUGGAAGUGAAUUCACUGAGGAGCAAGCAGAACUCCCGUCCGUGCAGGAUCAACGACAGACGGCACAGGUGACAAAUCUGCGCGGCAAAAAGGAAACGGAAAUUACCGCAAACAAAGGUGUAACACUUGUCAACUCGAAUCAGGUGGGACGGCCGCCAACUACCCUGAAGGCCGUCACUAGUUCCUCGCCCGCCAGCACCUCCGAGACACACACAUUGGUACCCUUCGGUGCAAAGACGACGAUAGCGACCACGAAAACAGCGACCACGACGCCAACGUCGGUAAUCCCGUCUUCAACCAUGGACAAAAAUGGUAAGAUAGGAUUUGUGAUCGUGGAUGAGCCCCGGCCCUUCAAUCAGGACUUCUCCCGUCUAGAUCUAAAUCCCUCCUCUCAGACGGUGUUAGGGGAGGCGUAUACCAAACAACGCAAGUUCUACAGGCUCAAUGACCGUCUGCUCGCCCAGGGGGAGGACAUGCGUCAGGACGUCUGGCAGGCCAAAGGUCGGCCCGGGGAACUCCUUACCUACGAACAGCUUCUACAAGGGAUGUUGGAGGAAGGAGAGGUGUUGGUCCUGGGAGGGGCGUGGCUGUACUUCACUCAUCUUGACUUCCUGGACAAGGAGGGUAAGACCAAGGUCAAACCCUCCAUAGGUAAGGGACGGAUAUGCCUCACUGACCGGAAGCUGCUCAUAUUAUCAGCGGAAGUUAAUGAAGACGCUGCUCUGUCGGAGUUCGGAGACGGAAGUCCUGCCUCACAGAGCGGUUAUAAGCUGGAAUUAUCCAAGUACAACAGGACCUUCUACCAGAACGUGCCAUUAGGCUGUUUCCUAGGCGUGGAACUGUCGGCGAGCGUCGGAAGCUCCCUGGAGAGUCGCCUCACGGAACAGGAGCCACUGUGUGGCGGUCUGUGUUCGUGUCUGGGAGUAAGUUGUUUACAGAUUGCCCGGUGUUCUACAACAUGGAGGUCCUCACGACCGAUGCCAGUUCCGGUCAACACUCGCACAAUUCGUAUGGGGAUCAGUAUGCCACCCUGGCACACAGAGACAAACGUGGUCGUGUACAUUCACCCGGAAAUGCCACUUACGGCCGCCAGGGACUUUGUGGCGCAAAUUCACCACCACGCGCCUUUGUUACACUAACAAAGGUCAGGGCCAUCCCAGUGGAAAUAACGACUGAGCCAGUAGAUGCUAUGCUCCGUAAUUCAUGGUUAAUGCGAGAGCCAAAAUUCAACACAAUGAUGAAUGGCUGUUUGAUGAUUUAACAACAAUGCAAUGUACCGGAAGUGACAAGUUUCAUUACUUGUAUGGUGAAAAAUGUACUGGAAAGUAUAGCGCCGCCUGUGGGUGGGUACCCUGCCUUUUAUUGUUCUCGAUAACACGUGGUCCUUUUUGUCGGGUCAUCUCGAUGAUGACACAUGCUUGAUGGAAUGAGCGUUAUUUCAUAACAUGCAUCAUUUGCAAUUCAUUUGAUGAAAUCGGGAUGAAGCGCUUUUCCGACUGAAGAUGUGAAAUGUGAUUUACAUAUGUCCACGUGUCUCUGUUGGAAGUCGAACACGGAACUACGGAUAUACCCGAAUCACAUCCCGGUACGGAUAUACCCGAAUCACAUCCCGGUACGGAUAUACCCGAAUCACAUCCGGGUUGUCGUUGGGAUGUACAGUGAUUUAAAAAGAAAAUAACCCCAUUUCGUUAUUCACUUCUUGAAAAGUGAAACGCGUACUGAAAGGUAUAUCGCCGUCUAUUGGUAGGUACACUGGCUGUUAUUGUUCUCGAUAAUAAUCUUGCACCGAUUUUCAAAGAUUGAGUGUUCAAGGAAGAUAUUUACUGGCAAAGAUUCCCAACGCAUAAGCCAGUUGCAUAGUAUUUAAUGAUAUGUAUCAUGAUGACGUCACAAUUACACACACGUCAUAACGGGGUAUUUUUUACGUAGGGUUAUAUAAUGUUAUAUGAUAAACCUGAUUGUUCAUCACAAAGUAUUAAUUUAUUGCAAAGACCACGGACGCUUGUGUCACACAUUGCGAUACGGUAUAAUUUUCUUUGGUAAACACAUUUAUAAGAUAUAAUUUACAUAAAUAUUAUAUUCUGACUCUGCCUUAUGUUCGAAUGACGUCAUUGUUCGAAUUACGUCAUUGAUCUUAACUUCUUAUAUAUUUAUUAAGAUGUGUGUUAUUGUGCAACUUAACAUAGAUCUGUAUGUCAGCGAUGCUAGUCAUGAUUGUGCUAUUAUUUUAGAAGCAAUAUUACAUAUAAGCUGUGUGCGCGCUGUUAGUUAUGAAUGUGUUUGAUUUAUAUUGUUUUAGUACAUGCUAUGGAGUUUUAUUUCCUAUUUCUAACAAUAGUAUUUGCUGUGGAUAGUGACUUUAGAAGAUAUCGUACAAGAUUAAAUUUUCAUCCACAUCUAAUAUGGAAUCUGACAAUCAAAAUGAGCUCUUUUAUUUACCACAAAUCGUUCAGUGUAUCGCUAUCAUACACGGUAACCUGUUAGUAUCUCUACCCGUAAAUCCUCAAAUCAACAUACCUCCUGGAAGGAACGAAUACAUGCUGCUUGCAAAAUCUUGAAUGAAUUUCAUAUCACUAUAUCAGGAUUUUCAUUAAACCAUUGAGAGUAGGUUUUGACUUUCCAAAAUGAGCUUAGAAUCUUAGCUUUGAAAGUAUAUGUCCAUCUGACAAUCCAAAUUUUAGUGAAAAAUUUACAGUUAAACCUGUUUUAGGAAAACACCCCUGGGAAGCCAAACAAUUAUGUCUUAAUGCAAGUAUCAAGCUUAUUCUAGAAUGAACUACUAGUACUUAACUACUCGUUUAUAUUGUAUUUCUUCCCCAGGAACCUUUGUAAACAUGUAAUGCACUUAUGUGACUGACGAAAUAAAAAAUGUCAAAGACAAAAAAAAUUAUGUCUUUAUACAGAUGGUCUCUGAAUACAGGUGGUCUCUGAAUACAUGUCGUCUCUGAAUACAGAUGGUCUCUGAAUACAGAUGGUCUCUGAAUGCAGAUGGUCUCUGAAUACAGAUGGUCUCUGAAUACAUGUCGUCUCUUUAUACAGGUGGUCUCUUUAUACAGGUGGUCUCUGAAUACAGAUGGUCUCUGAAUACAGGUGGUCUCUGAAUACAUGUCGUCUCUGAAUACAGAUGGUCUCUGAAUGCAGGUGGUCUCUUUAUAUCGGUGGUCUCUGAACACAGGUGGUCUCUGAACACAGGUGGUCUCUGAA